GAAAAACCUGUAUAAAUACGCCCUGACACAUACCUCUCUCUAGUAUACCUCUGCCAUAUCAACGCACAACAGAUAAAAUGGAUCUGUCAGAUGCUCUGGGUGGUGGACCAGGCUGGCCAGGCCAGAACAACCAGCAGGGUGGUCAACCGGCUUGGCCUGGUGAGCAGCAACCAGGCCAGCCCACCCCCAUGUGGCCUGGACAACCAAACCCUUCCCAACCCUCAUGGCCGGGGCAACAAAAUGGAGGUGGUGGACAGCCAACCUGGCCCGGGCAACCAGGGGGAGGACAGCCCAGCCAGCCAACCUGGCCCGGACAACCAGGGGGAGGACUGCCCAGCCAGCCAACAUGGCCAGGGCAGCCUAGCCAACCUACUGCCCCUCAACAGAAGUCACUGAAAGUGCCAUAUGAUCAGAACCUGCCGAACGGAUGCUAUGACAAGAUGCUCAUCACUAUUAACGGGACGAUUAACCACAAUGCCAAAAUGUUCUCAUUGAACCUGACCAAAGGGGAUGACAUUGCCAUGCACUUUAACCCUCGCUUUGAUGACAAGGGCAAGAAAACGAUUGUGAGGAACAGUCUGAUAGGCAGUAAAUGGGGCAUCGAGGAGAGGGAACACAACCACUUCCCCUUCACUCAGGGCCAGCCCUUUGAGAUGAAGAUCAUGUGCACUAACAAUGAGUUCAGGGUGGCAGUGAACAGCUCGCACCUCCUGGAGUUCAAACACCGCAUCCGUGACCUCAACUCAAUCAAACACCUGGGCAUCUACAAUGACGUCACCCUCACGUCUGUGGAGAUCAACAAACUCUAAGAUCAAGCAGGUUUGGGUCCAGCAAUAGAAAUAGAAUGACUAGCAUGGCCUAGCCUCAGGUUAUUUCUAUGAUUCCGGAGACCUCCCAUAAUUGUCUUUAAACAGAAAUGUACAGAGGCUUGAGUCUCAACCUUUAAGCCACCAGGACUAUCAUAUUAUGUACCUGUGGAAAAAAAUAAUUUAAAUAAAAUUAUAAAGGAAUUUCACUUUUAUGGCGAAUUCAUAUACUUUGGUAUUUUCAAGUAAUCAUUGUGUAAGCUGGUAGUAAUGUAUAAACUAUAUGCAAUAAAAUUAUUUCCCUUGA